CGGCGGGCCGAGGCCAUGGUGGAGGCGGCAGACGAGGCGCCGCUGCUCUUCUGGGCCGAGGGCCCCGCGGUCUCCCUGCCGCAGGCCGAGCCGGAGCGGGGCGGCUGGAGCCUGGCCCCGGGGGGCGGCGCGGCGUGGGGCGGCCCCGGGGAGCUGCCGCGGGGGCCGGAGGCGGAGGCGGACCAGAUCGUGGCGGUGUUCGUGGUCACCUUCGAUCCCCGCUCCGGUAACAUGGUGGAAUGGUGUUUGCCCCAAGACAUUGACUUAGAAGGCGUUGAGUUCAAAUCCAUGGCAAGUGGGUCGCACAAAGUCCAGUCGGAUUUCAUUUAUUUCCGGAAAGGUCUCUGCUUCGGCCUGGCCUGCUUUGAAAACAUGCCCGUGGAGAGUGAAUUAGAGCGUGGUGCCCGCAUGAAGUCUGUGGGGAUUCUCUCCCCUUCGUACACCCUGCUCUAUAGAUACAUGCACUUCCUGGAGAACCAGGUUCGACACCAGCUGGAGAUGCCAGGACAUUACUCCCACCUAGAGGCAUUUUAUGAUGACAAGAAGGGGGUCCUCCCUGCUGGCAAGGGUACCUCCAGCUCUCAGCCACCUGUCCACUGGCUGCCCUCCAUCCACAGAUACAUGUAUCCAGAGAUGAAGAUCACACACCCCGCAGGCUGUAUGUCUCAGUUCAUUAAGUUCUUUGGAGAGCAGAUCUUCAUCCUCUGGAAGUUCGCUCUGCUACGCAAGCGCAUUUUGAUAUUUUCACCACCGCCAGUAGGAGUUGUCUGCUAUAGAGUGUAUUGCUGUUGCUGCCUAGCCAAUGUCUCACUGCCUGGCAUUGGGGGGACCGUUCCAGAGUCCAAGCCUUUCUUCUAUGUGAAUGUGGCAGACAUAGAAAUGCUGGAGACUGAAGUGUCUUAUGUGGCCUGCACAACAGAAAAGAUCUUUGAGGAGAAGCGAGAUCUCUACGACGUCUAUGUGGAUAACCAGAAUGUGAAGACGCACCACGAGCACCUGCAGCCACUCCUGAAGAUUAACAGUGCCGACAAGGAAAAAUAUCAGCGGCUCAAUGACCAGAGGCAGAUGUUGAUGUACUCUCAGGAGGUGGAGGAGGACUGCAGCUCCUGUGAAGAGGACCUCUUUAUCUUGUUUUUCAUGGAGCAGAACAAUCGGAUAUUUCAGACAUUGAUGGAGGUGUCAGCCAGCCAGGACAAGACCUUGACAGCUGACCAUGCCCGGGGCAUGGGCCUGGACCCACAAGGUGACCGAAGCUUCCUGAUGGACCUGCUGGAAGUGUAUGGCAUUGAUGUCAUGCUAGUCAUUGAUAACCCCUGCUGCACUUAAACUGAGGACAGGAGAGAUGGAGCAGCGAUGGCUUUUUAAAGACUAUGGAACGUCGCUUAGGAGCAUCACUGGAACUCACCACACCGUCACUGGAAGGAUCUCAUUUAUUUAAUAACUUUAUACAGAAAAGUAUUUAUAAUUUUAAACAAAAUGUGAUUUUAUUUUCCUUUCUUCAAGAUUGACUGCUCAAGGUUUGGUUUGGUUUUUUCCUGAUAUCCAUAGGAGCAAUGGCACCUUUUCACCAACCCUCACAGUUGACAUUGGCAACUGCUU